CCAACUGGCUGCCAAUUUGCAGUGCCAAAGGGCUACCAGAAUCGGCUGCCCGCGUCGACGGGGCAGCGACAGUCAACAAUGGAGUCCUUGCUCUGCGGUCUUGGCUUGGGCAGCGCUGAGGCGGAGCCAAGCGAGGAGCAGGCAUCCUCAUCAGCCAGCAAUCAGCUCUCGGCGGCGCUUGCGUACAUCACGGGUCCAACAACCUCGGACGAGCCAUCCAUUUCUCGCGGGUACGACUGGCCGGAGCCGCCGCCGAGCUCGCCGCAGCGCCAGGGUCCGUGGCCAAUCGAAGCCCGCGCGCCGUCGCCCGCCGCGGCCGCCUGGGCGAGUUCCGACAACCUCCCUGCGAGGAGCAGCCCCACGCCUGUGGCGAGCGGCCCCAACGCGUCGCCGCCGUCGCCGACGCCGGCGCCGCGCACCUUCCUCGUCGCCGCCACGGUGCGGUCGCCGUCCGACCCGCGCGGCCGAGGCACGCCAAUGCGACGACGGCCGCCGUCGCCGGUCGUGAACGUGCGGAGCGCCGAGCGCCGGUUCCUCGACGAGUUUUUGGUGAUGCUCGCGGACGGCUUCAAGAUGCGCAAGCACGGGCGGCGCGGCGGUCCGAAGGAUCGGUUGGUGCGCCUGGACGGGGACAUGAUCGUAUGGACCUGUGUGGAAAUCAAAUUUACGGCGCGUUCGUCGACCUCCAUGCCAUCGACGCGACACUGUUGAUUUCUACACAGGUGUGGACGGCAGUGCGGCCGUCGUUCCGGUUGUCCGAGCGAGGAGGGGUUAAAGUCGCGGAAGUGACGGAGGUGCGACGGACCUUCGCCGGACGCCCGAGACCGUCCAACGUAGCGGAGGAUCGCUGCUUGUCGCUGAUUUCCAAAGACCGCUCUGUGGACCUAGAGCUCCCCGACAACGAAGUGCGGGAGCUGUGCCACGACGGCUUCUCUCUGCUCGUGAAGUUCGGGCCGCCGGUGACGACGAGUCCCUCGAAGGCGGCGUCGACCUCCACGCCAUCGAGCCGAGGAGUGGACCCCCUCGGUCGGCCGCGGACGCCGCCCCGGAUUAGGCCAGGAAGGAUACCUUCGAUCGACCACGACAUGGAGUAAUCAAGUGUGU